CAGCUGGAGCUCCACCGGAAACUGGAUUCAGAGAGAAACCCGGAACUAAAAAACUGGGGCGUGGGUACCUGGUGGGACACAAGAGACCGGGGAUCGUGGAGAGUAGGACCGGAGGGUCUGGGUCUGCUGAAGGUGAUGGGUCGUCGCGGAGCCCCUGAGUUGUACCGCGCUCCUUUCCCACUUUAUGCUGUCAGUGUCCCACGGGCCGACCUGGUGGUGACCGCGGGCGGAGGAGGCGCCUCUAAGACCGGUAUCAGCAACGGAGUGCAUUUCCUGCGUUUGGAAUGUGUAACAGGAGACCUUUCAGCAACACUUGUUCAUGCCCAUGACACGGAAACCCGAGCCUCAAUGAACAUGGCUGUAGCAGGAGAUAUUCUAGCAGUUGGGCAAGAUGCAACUUGUCACAUCUUGCGAUUCCAGGAAGGGAAAGAGAAGCCAGCAGGGAAUAAACCUGGUACAAAGGAGGACAAGAGCGAGGCUGAAAUUGCUCUGCAUUCUGGCAAUUCCUCAGAAAGAACUAGAAAAACAGCAUUACUUAAACAGAACGAUUGCAGAAUUCAUAGGUGCAGUGGAACCUGGGUGUUCUGCAUGAGUCACAAAAAGAUGUUACACUCUGGUCAUGUUUCUGUUGUUGCUCACAAAUUUCCGGUUAUUUGCAGGUUUGGCAAGGUUGAGGACGAUAAGGACACCUUCCGUCUGUACACAGUGCAAAUCCCACACAAACGAGAACGCAAACCUCUCCAGUGUUACAUCAGCAAAUGGGAUGGGAAGAACUUCCUGCCACUGCUCACCAGUGAUUGUGGAAAUGAAGUGAUCUCUGCAAUGUCAGUCAGUGAUUUGGGGACCUUUAUUGGGCUUGGCACAGUGACAGGAUCUGUGGCUAUCUACAUUGCAUUUUCACUCCAGAAAUAAAAGUUCAGAUCAACA